AUGGUACCGCAUGCAUGUGGUUUGAGCAGCAUCGAUAAUGGUUUUGCUGUUGUAGCCGGCUAUGUUUAUUUCCCUGAUUUCCUGUCUUAUUGUCCCGUCGCCUAUCUCAUUUUUCUGAACUCAUCAGCGACGCAGUGGAUGACAGUUGUCAGUAACAUCACACUGGUCGAGUACGUUUUCCUGAACUGGCCGACAGUGUCGACCUAUUCACCGGCAUAUGGCAUGUCAAUUGACAUCGGUGAUGAUGGACAGAUUCUUAUUGGCAUUCCGAAAUUCGACCUUGUUCUACUAUUGUCUACGGACAAUGGCACACGUAGCAGUUUUAAAUGGAUAAGCACCUUUUGGUCGCAAUCAGGCGACAAUAUCCUGUUUGGCAAGUAUGUUGCUUGGCUCGAUAAUCAGACAGCUGCAUUUCUGUGCUAUUCACUCCCUGUUUAUCCGUGGUCACUGUCGCAAAUACAGGUUUACAAUAUUCAGUCAUCGUCCCAACCAAUAUUCGUUUUUCCAAAUAACCAACAGGCAAUAUCACUGUUAAAUAAACCACUAUUGUUUCUCUCGCUCUUAUCAUGGUCAUCAAAUAUGGCAAUUCUAACUGAUCAGGGCGUCGCCUGUAUUCUAGCCAGUCAACCAGGUUAUUCUUCGACUAAAUUCAGUCAAUUUGCAGGUAUAUUUUAUAUCUAUACACCAGAACCAUGCAUAAGUGGCACGUAUAAGAAUACAACAAGCGUAGGACCGUGUAGUCAAUGUUUACCAGGCACAAAAAAUCCCAGCGGUGGUAGUACUCCAUGUAUCAGUUGUAUUCCCUGUAAUUCGUCAUCAUUUUGUCCAAGAGGCGCUGUCGAUGACAUCGACUAUUCGACGAUUCAACGCUACACUCAAUCGAUGGCUUAUCCAGAAUCGCCUGAUGCAACCAUCUUCGAUGACAUUCUAAUACAGACCAUGUUCACUAUUAAAACGUCCAGUGUUCGUUGUUUGCUUGUUUCACCGUUAUUCUGGACAUUGUUAAUGAUCUCAUUGUCCAUACUUAUUCUUCUCAUUAUGGGCAUAAUAAAUUGUUUUUAUCAUGAACGACAUGAGAAACAGGUAGCUUUAAUCAAGAAAAUAUUCAAACAAACCGAUCUUAUCGGCGAAGGUGAAUUGUGGAUAGGCGGCCUGAUGUCGUUUGCCAUUGUUGUUCUCGUUUCAUUUGCCUACUGGUUCAGCAGCGCGUAUUUGAAACAAUAUCCGAUUGAGAGUGUGGGCGAUGCUAAGUUUUCGUGUGAUCCAACAAUGCGUAAUGCAAAAUUUACCAGCGGCCUACAAUUGCUGUCACAACCAAAAUCAGACAAAGAAGUGCCCAUAUAUCGAAUGUUAGACAGUCAGCAAUUUACACUGAGAAUUGAUUUUGUGAAUACGCUAUUCAAAUGUUCAAAUGUUUCGAUUGUACAAAAUAUCGGCUCGAAUCAAAUUGUACUUUAUCCAUCACACUGUAAUGAUGAACAUAUAACACUGGCAGUCUCGAUCAAUUUGCCAUUACAUCAGAUGGAAACUCAAUUCAAUUUGACCGGUCCCUAUUCAAUUGGCGGUGUCAGCAUUUGUUUGUCCGGUCCUCCAUCUACGAGCAACGAAGAAAAUGUUUCUGUUCAACAGCUGGAUUUUUGCCAGUUUUUUGAGAAUAUCGACGAUCGAUCAGCAUUUGCUAAACUAUCUACAAUUGAACUGAAACUGACUAAAGUGAUCAAUAAAACAGUAGGCCUAUCUGCAGUAGAUGAGGAUCAAUUCAGUGGUUUAUGGAUCCCGACAUUCAAUAUCCAAACGACAAUUACCGACGAACUUUAUUAUAGUCAGCAAGGCGACUACCUGCGCUAUUUGCCUGCGCAGACCAGUCUCAUUGUACAGCUGAGCGAAACCCAAUUCUACAUUAAAAAUAUUCAAGAGCCCAUUGCUAGGCAAGCGGAAAUCAUCUUUCAUAAUAUUCUGUUUACAAUUGUCUGUCUCGAAAUAUUCGGACUAAUUUUUCUUCUAUUUAAACUGAUCGCUAUUCCCAUUAUCAAACUAAUACGACCUCGACUGCAAGCCGACGGUAGUGUUCAUGGACAAGAAAGAGUAUUUAAAAUGACGAAGACUAGAGAAAGGAAUUUAUCGUUACCUGUUUGCAUAAACACAAACGCAAGAAGCAUCUGCUCUUAG